GGAUGGGUCGCUGUGGUGUCAGCCUCGGCCAAGAGGACCCCUCACAUCCCCCAGUGACUUCUGGCUUGGCCUCUUCUCCCCUUCUUUAUCCCAACCCCUCUCCUCUCUUAGAAUCUGGGGUCCUCUGGAGGGCCAGGGUCCACUUGAGCAGGGCUUUGGGAAGACUGAGGCCUCUGCACAGGAAUGAGAAGAGUGGCUGCUAUGGGGGCCCAGCUGUGCAGGGCCAUCCAGAAUGAGGAGAGUGGGGCAGAGAUCCCUCCCAUCCAGAACUGACUCUGGCCUCCGGAGGAACUCCAGAUGGGUGGAUGGAGAGACAGAGGGAAACUUGCUUUGUGACACACAUGUUUCAUUAGGGUGCUUAUGAGUGAAGAGCCCUGUCCAAGUACGUGACGUCCACUGAGGACUGGACACAUACUCACCAGCUGUUUUCGGGGGGCAUCCAACACCUCCAUCAUUGGCGCAACGGGAACUCCUCUCAGGGAAGGGAGUCAGACGCUGAAAGGGGCUGGAGCCAUCAAAGGUGCUGUUGAGACAAGAUGACAGCUACUCAGAAACACGGUCUCUUCACGCCAGAACCUCAUUACAUCCCUGGCUAUGCUGGCUUCUAUCCGCAACUGCGCUACCAGGUGGGGAACACCUAUGGGCGCACCACUGCUCAGCUGCUCACAGACCCUGGUGUGCAGAAGAGCUCCUGCUCUGUGCUGUCCCCAAUAUCCGAGCCCAAAUUCAUUGAGGACUUCAGCAAGCCCAAGCCACCUUCAAUCCCCUGCCUUGACCUGACUGAGCCCUACAUCCCCCACUACACCGGUAUGAAGCCCUACAAGAAGUUUGAGAUCCUAGGCCGGUUCCCACCCCAGGAGGUAGAUGCUCAGAAGGGGCCACCAGGAGUAGAGAAUAUAUCCAGGCAGGUCCUGCUGCCUGCGGGCUUCAUGCCCUACCCCCCCUAUCCCCCGUGCCCACCAGGCAGGAAGGGGGACUCCAGAAACUUUGGACACCCAGGCCUGCGGAGCACCUCCCCUGUCCACGAGGCCCCUGGGCAGGACCAGCUGUACCAUUGCAGGAAGGAGUACCACCCACCCCCAGCUCACCAGCAGGAGACCCUGGAUGUGGGCAGGUUCCACAGGCUGCCCCAGCUGGACCACCCCAACCUUAUCCAACGCAAGGCCAUCUCAGGCUAUGCUGGCUUCGUCCCUCAGUUUGCCUGGGUGAUGGGGGUCAAUUACCGCGAGGGUGUCACACAGGCUAUGGAUGAAUUUGACAAGAACCAGUUCCUCUUCAGAAACCCCAUCUGUGCCCUGGGUGAAAGGCUGCCCAGAACACACUGGCCCAGCAACACCAUCUAUAGCAGCCAAGGCCUGAUCCCUUUCUACAUGGGGUUCAUACCAUCCAUGCAAGACAACUACGCAAUGACAUUUGGCAACAGUACCCGCAGGGCCUAUCAGAAGGAAAUGGAGAGGCAACACCAGACACUAUGAAAAUGCUUUAAUGGUGGCAUCUGUACAGCAUGUGACGUCCAGACAGGAAAAAGAGCGAGUGCACACAGAGACACGGCUAUCAGAGAACAGGUUGUGAGCGAAUAAAGAGUUCACACAGCUUC